CCCCACUCUGUGUGUAUGUCGAUGUUACGAACGCCGUUGCAAGCUUGAAAUCGCUGGAGCUAAGCAAAGCAGAGGAAGAAACCGCCAGCAUUGCUACAGAGAAAAAAAGAAAACAGUAAUCACAAGAGAAAAUAAGAAGAUAAGAGUUAGAGGGCAUUUGGGAUAAUUAAAAAUAAAUCCAACUGGAUUAACUAUAUUGAUUGCAUAUCCAUUCCCUACAUUAGCUUUUCCAAGAAUGGCCAGCGGGCACCCCACUGACAAAUUCAGUUUCUUGUACCAACCCGAAAGCAGUCAAAACUUGAAGAGCAAGGGUAGACUGUCUUCCACCAUGAACCCUGUUUACAGUCCCGUUCAGCCUGGGACCCCAUAUGGCAACCCCAAGAACAUGGCAUACACAGGCUACCCUGGAGGUUAUCCCACCACCGCUCCCACCUACACACCCAACCUCUACCAGACCGGCAGCCCGGGAUACCCUCCAGUGCUGCUGAUGAAGCAGGGCUGGGCGCAGACCUCUACAGCAGGGCCCACUGAGGGGUCCUAUGACCUGGCAGUGGACGCGGGCUCAGAGAACAGAUCUUACCAGGCCUCGUCUGCAGCAUUCAGAUACACUGCUGGGACCCCGUACAAGGUGCCACCUGCCCAGACCAAUGGAGCCCCCCCACCCUACUCCCCGUCCCCUAACCCCUACCAGCCGGCUAUGUACCCGAUCAGAAGUGCCUACCCCCAGCAGAACCUCUAUGCUCAGGGUGCUUACUACACACAGCCUGUGUAUGCGGCUCAGCCGCAUGUUAUCCACCACACCACAGUGGUCCAGCCCAACAGCAUCCCCUCCGCCAUCUACCCGGCCCCUGUCCCCGCCCCUCGCUCCAACAGCGUGGCAAUGGGCAUGGUGGCUGGCACCACAAUGGCCAUGUCAGCAGGGACUCUGCUGACCACACCACAGCACACACAGCACAUCGGAGCACAUCCAGUUACCGUGCCAACGUACAGGCCCCAAGGAACGCCUGGGUACAGCUAUGUACCUCCUCACUGGUAAACCCACCUGCCAAUUCAUAUCUGGAGUCAAACAUUGUAUGCAACUUCUCAAGUCUUACAUUGGUGCUGGAUCAUCAACAUCGGGGCACCAAGUCUGUUUGCAAGAACAAAAAAAAAAAACUGCAAGGGUCAUUUUUUGCAUUCUGUAGUGUUUCUGUAAAAGCUGCUUUUUUAAUUGAUUUGUUUGCCAUUGUUUGUUUAGUUGUUUUUAUUUUAUUUGACUCUCAGAUACUCCAGACUGACACUGACCAGCGGCAGCAGUACAGAUCUCUCACAUUAACACUGGUGUAUUCACAAGGCCAGUCUCAGUGCUGGGAAUCACUCAUCAUCUUGUGCUGCCAAAUUUUCUAAUGAUUAGAUUUUACUGCAGUUUUUUUUUUAAUCAUCAUUUAUAUUAUUUCCCAGUCAGCUCCCAGGA